ACCAUACAAGGGCUUGAAGAAGCCAACCCCAAAGCUCUUCAAUCCCCUCUUCUCUCUAAGCCAGCGCCCAAAUCCCCAAUUCACUCAACCUUUCGGAACCCUAGAUCGGAGCGAAUCAUGAUCGGAGAUACUCUCAACUCACACAAGCUAACUCUCAAAUUCCUCUGCAGCUACGGCGGUCGCAUCAUCCCCCGCUAUCCCGACGGCAAGCUCCGCUACCACGGCGGCGACACCCGCGUCCUCUCCGUCGACCGCUCCAUUUCAUUUUCCGAGCUGAUGGUGAAAAUGAGGGAAUUGUGUGGACAUACCGUGAAUCUGAGAUGCCAAUUGCCGACGGAGGAUCUGGACGCGCUAGUGUCGAUCACCUCCGAUGAGGAUCUCGUUAACCUACUUGAAGAAUACGACCGUGUUGCUGCGUCGUCGCCGUUGGCGUCUCCUAAAAUUAGGGCAUUCCUCUCGGUCCCCAAAUCCACGAAAAAAUCAUCAUCCCCUUCCUCCUCCUCGGCCUCCUCGAGCAGUAACGGCUCCACGUCGCCAAAAUCACCGUUCUACUCCUCAUUACCGCCUCGUUAUCCGUCCUCCGGCGGCGGGAGGUGCGUCCGGCAUGCUUCGAGGCCUCCUGUGUAUCCUAUUAUCGGUGGAGAAGGAUCCUUUAUUUUCCGAGCUAAAUUCCUUACUCGGAUUUAAUUGAUAUCAUUAUAAUUAGAGGAUUCAUGCUGAUGAAACUGGAGGAGAUUUGAUACUUCAGUUUACCCGAAUUGAAGAAAAGGUUGUAUGAACAUGGAGGAUUCGAAUUUGGAAAGAGGAAUAUGGAAAAACGCUAACAUUGGACAAAUUCGAAAAAAGCGUGUGAAUCCACAGUUGCGACUUAAUUGGCAUGCUAAUUUUAGGCAUCAAGUAGUUGAACUUUCCCAACCGCCAUGGAUUCCAAGUUAUCGAGACUAGGAAAUCUUUGGUCCUACAUGGCCCAUGUCACAGCUAGCUGUUGACAUUUAAUAUGUGGACAUUCAUCCAUCGAACUUGCAAGUUGCACCUUACAAAUUACUCCUAUAAUUUCGUAAUUCAGAACUAGUAUGAGAUAAACCGUGACACACUUGUAACAAAGUGUAAAAGUAGGGUGAAAAAAAGAAACAAAAUGUGAUGAGAUUGUUGAGGUUAAAGUUAAACAAGUGGAGAUGUAUAAGAUUUAUGUUGCCCCACUAAUACGUGAUCCAUGAAAAUAAAAGACAUACUUGUAUAAGAUGUGAUUUAAAGUUUUGUCAUCUUUGACCAUUUUUAGUUUAUUUCGGGUUGACGGCUUAAA